CGUCAGGGUUAUGAUAAAGAAUCAAUUCAACGGUUCAGCAAUUUGAAAAGCACAAUAGGGCUUACACGAAAAAUUAUGAGGUUUGGGAAACCAAUUGAACAUUUGCAACAUGCCACAAAAGCACUUAAUGAAGUUGACGAAUUCGCGAAGUUUACUACUAUAGGACAGCAGCUUGGUUAUGCUAUAUAUCUAUUUUGGGAUACCUUUGCCUGGGUUCAUAACGCUGGCGUAUACAAGUUUCAACAAAUUAAAAGAAUAAACGAAAAUGCUAAUAGAUUUUGGUUGAUUGGACUUGUGUUCUCAGUUAUUCAUGGCUUGUAUAAAUUACAUAAAAAUGGUUAUCAAUAUAACUUUAUGAGGCGGGCAAGUAAAGCCAGAUUUGCGGAAUCUAGCGAACAGUCAAACGUCAAAUCAGAAACUGCAUCACUUAUGAAGGAACGCAAAGCUGUUAUCAGACAACUCGUUCAAGAUCUACUCGAUAUAAUUCUCCCAGCUACAGCGCUUGGAUAUGUCCAUUUUGAAGAUGGGUUUGUUGGUCUUACUGCGGUCAUUUCUUCUAUUAUGGGUGCUCAAACACACUGGAAAAAAGUCAAUGGUACAAAAUAA